UAGAAGAGCGAUGAACUGGAACCGAUGGCUAUUUUCUGUUGACAUGUUUACUAGGUUCAGCUGAACGGCACCAGUGUAAAGAGUCUGUUCUGAGAAACAUGCAGGAAGCAGGCUCCUCCAGCACAAGCUCACUUUUUAGGAAUGACCCUCAAUGCCCGGCAUCAAUCAUCUCCGGUGUGACCACCUCCUGUCCGGUCAAGAGGAUCACCUUCUUCAGGAGUGGGGAUGCCCAGUUUAAUGGCGUCAGGAUGGCCAUCCACACCCGCAACUUUAAAUGCUUCGAUGCCUUGCUGGAUGACCUCUCACAGAAGGUACCAUUGCCAUUUGGUGUGCGGACCAUCACCACACCUAGAGGCACCCAUGCCAUCCGACGCUUGGAGCAGCUCAAGGAUGGAGGCUGUUACAUUUGUUCUGACCGCCGCUAUGUUAAGCCAGUGAAUGUGGAGGCAGCUGGGAGACGGCCCACCAUAUGGCUCAAGAGCGAUACACACAACAGCUGGAAGAAGCCCACCCGACCUGAGGAGCCCCCUGUGGCACAUUCUGGACUGCAGUACCACUGGCACCCAAAGAGGAUCAUACUGGUGAGGAACACGGACCCUGCAAUGAGAAGGUCAAUCACCUUAAGCAGGAGGAUGGCCCAAAGCCUCCGCAUGUUCAUGGACGAUGUUUCCAAGGUCAUGCAGUGCCAAGUCAGAAAGCUGUACACGCUGGAUGGACGGAAGAUUGACAGUAUUCAAAGUCUGAUGCGGUGCCCCAGCGUGCUGGUGUGUGUGGGCAAGGAGUCCUUCAAUUUUCUGCUGCCUGAGACCCUGGAGAUGCCUGCCAAGGACAAAAUGCCUGGGAUGAGCACACAGUCUCGCUUCAGUGACUGUAGUGAGGGCCAGAAGAGCAAGAGAAAUGUGAAUUUUGGGCUUGAGACCAAGAAAAGCAUCAUUCAUCCAAGAUCAGAUUCUAGUAAUAAAUCCACAAGGUUCUCACUCUCCUCUGGAAAAUCUUACCAAAGUGGAUUAUGUGCAAUCCCAGGGCAAUCUGCUUGUGUCAGCACUUGCCCCUACACAAAGGAAGGCAUACUGAAUGAUGAUACUGAAAAAGGAAUACUUGUUAACAAAGAUGGUAGCCUGUCUGUGGAAAUGAAAGUUCGCUUCCGGCUAGUCAAUGACGAAACCCUUCAUUGGUCCACCAAAAUCAAGAAAUCAGCAGCACCACUGAAUAAAACUAGCCCUGUGAAGGAGGGAGAUCCUCAUAAUCUUCAAGACAAACUUGAAUACUCUGAUCUAGAGUCGAGCUCAGCAUGUGAGGUUGAUGAUGGUGAGGAGGAAUUCAUUCCAAAGCGCCAUCAAAAGCACCUAGAUGAAUCUUGCUGUCAAAACUGCAACAACCACUGCCAGGAGUAUGAUAUUUGGAAAAGCCCCAUGGACAAUGGAGGAGGGAAGUCAUCUAGCUGUAGUGGCUCAGCCUGCAAAAUCAAGCACAAAAAAGCAUUGGUGAAUAGUGUACACACACUCUCCAGGUCCAGCGAAGAGUAUAUUCAGCAUGUUGUACAUAAUGCAUCAUGCUUUCAACAGACUGUUGAUGAAAGGGAAAGGUGUGUUCAGUAUUGUUCAGUAAGUCGCUCUUGUAGCCGGAGUGAGGUAUCAACUGCUGCUACAAAAUUAAAAAGUCAAAGAACUACUGAGGACACAUAUAAGAGUGAUGUUGGAUAUAAAUGUCGCUGUGAUGCUGACAGAGAACCAAAUACUGCAGAUUUUCAUGACUCAUUCUAUGAUCCUGAUAGUUUUGAAUUCACAAACGUAACAAAAUAUUACCCCAAUUCUGCAGUCAGCAAUUCAUCCAAAGUAUUUGAGUCACUCAAAGAGGGUAGGUGUGAUGAUAACCUUACACCAAGUGAAUCGAGAACCUGUGAAUGGCUUCAGAAUGAGAACCUUGGACAGUGUGUACACUACAAAAUCAGUCAGGCUUCAGAAAACGUAUGUUUAUCCCCCCGGCCACCCAGCAAUGCCUCAAGCUGCUCUGUUCAUACCUCAAAUCACAAAAAGUACAGAAAUGUGCAUCCAUUACGAGAAAUGCCACACCAGUGGAAGGAUUGUGCAGGCACUUAUAGUACAGAGAGUGCCAGAUGUACAGUUUCCAAAGUGUCCUCACAAUCUCAGUCUUGUCACUGUGGAGCGACAUCGCCAAGGUUAAUGAUAUCUGGAAUGCACAUUAGUUUUCGAGAAAGUGCUCAGGUUGUAAUGUGUAGGGGCAACAAUGUAUGUAAUGAACCUAGAACUAGCACAAACUACCCUAGGGCAGCAGUAUUAGAUGUAUGUGGUGCUGAGGAGGUACAAUCAGAGGAAACAGAGUGUGACAAUAGAUUCAUGAGUACCCUGUCAGCAAACACAGGUGUUUUCUCAGGACAAUCUACAAAGUCCACUGUAUAUCCAUGUUGCAGUGGAUGUAAAAAUGCAAAUGCUGCUGAAUCAAGACUACCUGAACAUGCUCAGCACACACAGGCUCAGAAAACUAAAGAUGUUGAGGUUAUGUUACUUGGUGGCAGGUCACCUAAGUCACACAGAUCUGGAGCAUUUGUAAACCAUACACAUUGUGUACCACAAAGAGCUUCUCUUGUUUUAGAUAUACCUGAGAAUGGUGCACAAAAUAAUGUUGCAAAGCCACCAGGCAUACAGGGUCACGGUGAAAGUGUACUGUCUGUUUUGUCAAAACAAUGCAACAACUCAAAUCAGAUCGCAAGUGGCAGAUCAUCUGAGGCAGAAUCCAUGUGUUCUGAAAAUGAUGACAUGACAAAUGUUGAAGAAAAACCUAAACGUGCUAGGUCAGUGACAUCAAACGCAUCUGCAAAGUCAAGCACAAAGUGUAUUUUACCAGAUGGAGUAUCAACAUCAAGACAAGUAAUUCAAAAACCUGAUGAAGUUAUCCAAAAUGAGAGAGCAGUCAGUUUGUUGUCAGACAAAUCAAAUGGAUCAGCUAGGUCCAGAUCAUUAUGCAAGUCACACCAUUCAAAUACUGAAUGGACAAUAAAGACAGAAUGUAAUAACUUAGUAGAUUUAAGCAAAACUUCAACUAAGAUGAUUACAUCUCAAGAUGUUGAAUUAAAAAGAACACAUAGACCUGUUUUUGCAGCUAAUAAUACACAAAGUGCAAAUAUCUUUCAAGAGCUGAGAAUGGAUGGUGCCAUGUCAACCAAAUCAAAUUUCUCCUCCAAAUCUGCCAAAUCUCAGAAAGCUAUCAAACCAUCACCUACGGCACCAGACAAGACGUACAAUAAAGUGCCUGUGGUAACCAAACGGGAAGGAGUAGCUAGUGUAUUAUUGGAUAGCUCCAAAAUAUCCAGAACAUCAAACACAUUGUCGAAGAACAGGACACAGCACAAUGUAACACAAGGAGAAUUAAGUGAAACAGAAAAUGUUGCUGCCCAAGUUUCUGAAUGUGAGUCUAAAGGAAGAGUACUCAAAACACCCUGUCCUGAGAGAUCUUACAGAUCUCACAAACUGAACAACAACAUUCCUGACACUCUGUCUAAGAACUGUGAUGGAUGUGUCCAGACAAUGGAAAAUGAUCCCUUAGAGUACAAAUCUGCAAAAUCUCCAACUCAAUGCCUACAUGAUAAGUUAGGUGAACUCUUAAGACUAACAUCCACAGCAUCUAUCUCUCUUGGCCUUGAUGAGGUAUGCAAAUGUGAAAACCUAAGUGAAGAGUCCAUUAGCAGCAUGUCACAAAAUUUAGAGGAGGUAAAGUGUCUAUCAGAGAUACUGAUACCUAAAUCUGCUGUAUCAGAUCAUUCCCCCAGCAGUUCAGAGAAGGCCAAAACAUCCAGCUCUAUGAGCUGUGCCCUCUCAGAGAAAUUAAAAAAGUCUUUUUUGCAAGACCACUGCAAGAAUCCUAAACAUGCUUUUUCACUUACUUCAGCAGCUAAAAACAGAAGUGUCCUAUCAACAAAAUCAAAGGCAGAAAACACAGCAGGCUGCCAGUUAUAUGAUAGCAGACAUACUAUGCUGUCUGGUCGGUCAGGUUCGUCGGAUGUUUCAUGCAGUAGCUCAUCCUGCAGAGCCUCAAAGCCAAGUGAAAACAAUUCAUUUGUAAAAGGCAGCAAAGAUGCUACUCAAGCGGUUGUUGGCAGCCAAAAUGGUGAUAAGGGUGAAACAGAUAUAGCUUCAGCCAUAUUGGAAAGGUUCUCAAAAUGUAAUAAAAAUAAAACUGCCUCUGGAAAAGCUACAGCCACAAGCAUGGCUAGGUCUAAGGAUCAAUGUGCUAAAAAAAUCAAGAACUGUUCCUACCUGGAAAUAAAUGUAUCCAAGAGAAAAUCUGCUUGUAACAUUGACAGCCGCAGUUUCCAGUCUCUUGCAAUCUCCAAAGGAGACAAAAGAGUUUACAAGAAAGGAGGACAAACAUCCAGGACAAAUGCAGUGACCAUGACUGAUGUAUCACAAAAUAGUAAAGUAGCAAACAGAAAUAUGAUGCCAACAACACCUCUUGGUUCCUCAAGUGACAGUGUUUUAUCUCACACUCCAUCUGCAACAGAUCUGUUAGGGGAGAAGUCUUGCAAUUCAAUACCAGACAACAGAGCAUCAAAUAGAUCAUGCAAAAAAUGCACCUUUGAAAAGGUGAGGAACGUUCAUAAAUACAAAAAGAGCAGCACAUAUAAAAAGAGGGAAAAAAGCCUCUCAUCACAGAACAAGAAUAAGGAUCAGGGUUUAGAACUGAUGCCAUCUGAUUUACCUAAUGCAUCUCCUGUAGAGGUUGUAAAUGACUGGCUUAGAAAAAUACCAGUUGAUCACCCUAUGUUUGAAAUGGGGGUUGAAUUUAAUGUGCAGCACAAUAAAGCAGCACCUGUUAAUGCAGAGAAGAGUUUGCAAAAAGAAAUAGGAGGAAUAUCUGAAAAUGUAAUGAAAAUGAAAGAAUUUCAAGAAAUAGGGUGGCCUUCACGGAAAGUCACUGUCAAGCAGGACAUCAGUGUCAUGCGUGAUGAAACACUGCCAUGUAAUGAGACAUCUCAAAUGGUUGCAGUCAACACUAAUUCCAGUGCUCCUGAAAAAUUAACCAAGAGAGCGACUUUACCUAAAUGCUGUCAAUCCUCAGUACAGGUCAUGAAGGUUCUGAUAAGUCCAAAACUGGACCGAUGCAAUAGUCUGCCUGAAAUUUCACCCACAUAUGGCAAAAAAUUAAGCACAUCGGCCAAAGAACUACUAGACUGCCUUAUUAAUCAUCAGUUAAUUGACUCAAAAAAUUACAAAGAUGACAAAUAUAAUGAAAUAUUAAGUAUUUUCCAGUCACUAUGGAUUUUUGGACCCUCUGAAAGUGAGCAAGACAAGUGUAGAAUAAAAGAUAAUAGCUUAGUAGAUGAUGAAUAUAACCCAAGGUCUUCAUCAGGGAUAGAUGAAAGCAGUGGCUUUUUAGGGUCUGGAAGAGUUGGUGUAUUUAGUGGGGUUCAGAAAUCAGAUACAGUCCAAAGUCGAAUAACACCCAUUGCUGAACAGGAGCCUUCACUGGUGAUUCAUGAAAACACGGUUGGUAAGGAGGUUGUACAUGACUCUACUAGACCAGGAAACACAGAUGGUUUAUAUGCCUCUUCACAACCUGUAACUCCAGACAUUGCUAGGAGAAUGCAGAGCAGUCCAGAAGAGGAAAAAAUGGAUGGGGAACAGCAAGACAAUAAGGGCCUUCAUGGAGAGGAGGUGAUUCAAAGAGAAAGUCAGAAAGAAAGAAAUGAAAUGGCUACAACAUUCUGUAAGAAGUGCUGCAGAAAUUACAGGAAUACCCUGAAUACAGCAGUUGAUAAAGGAACAGCUCAACCAGGAGAUACUAAUUCAGGAACAUUCCCAUUCAUUCGGAGAGGUGCUUUAACAAAAAGAGUUUCACAAGAUCCAGACUUAGUUUGGGUUUUGCGCUUGUUAAAGAAACUAGAAAAGCAAUUCAUGUCUCACUAUGAAAAUGCAGUGGAAGAGUUCAAAGUAAAGUGGGAUUUAAAUGCCAGUGGGAUGCUAGAUACAAUAAUUGGGGACCUAAAAGAAGAGGUUCAUAAAAGAAUACGGUCUAGUAUAAAUCGAGAGCUUCCGAAAAUUCAUAGUCGAGCAGGCAGGACAACAAAACCACCAAUAAGUAGUCUGUAUAGGGACUUUACUACUGAGACUGACGAACGGCGAAGACGGCUUAAAGUGCUGAGGAACAAAUCGAUCAAUCCUUCCUUGUCAAGAAAUGAGGAGAUAAAUUCUGUCUCUGGUACUGAGUUCAGGGACCAGCGCAACGAGGAUGAGUACUGUCCAUGUGACACAUGUAUGAGAAAGAAGACUGCAUCUAGAGGGGUCCAACAAACUGAAGCUCAAAGCAUAGCUCCAGUCAUGAUGGAUUUUGAUCUUAGAAAAAUUCUGCAAAACAAGAAAGUCCUUUCUGUUAGUUGGCCUACAGAUUCAAUGCAAAAAUAUCCAAAAAAGGCUGUAAUGUGCUUCCAAGUCCAAGAGAAGAAUUUAGAAGUGGUUGAUGAGGAGGCAGAAGUACAGCAUGAUAUGAGAAGGCAGUCAGAUGACUUGGGUAAAGCCAAGAAGGAGGAGAAAGCUGCUGCUGUUCAGACCAAAGAAAACUUAGAAGAGGAAGCAGUUGUGGCUUCUGAGAAUUGGAGUGCAGAUGUAGGGGUAAAUGAUGAUGAAGGAAAAGCAGUAGAAGAAAAACACCUUGGUGAUGGGAAGGGGAAUGGAGAGGAGUACUCCACAGGGCAAGCAGGAGGGGAGGGAAGGGAGGAGGUGGAAAUUAAAACAGGGAGAGGGAAACCUGAAGAGGGAAAGGCUGAGGUGGAUAAUGGCACAAAUGACCAGGGGAAAGGAUCAAAGAACAAAGAGGCUGCUUCAGAUGCUGAUGAAGUGGCAGAGAGAGAAGCCAAACAAACAGAAACAGUAACACAAUGAGGUAGACCAGGAGAAGAAGAGGCCACAAAGGACCAGGAUCCACUUGACAAAAAAACUGGAAUUGUAGAGGGAGGCGAGCCAGCGGACAAGGGAGAAACAACUGAAGAAGGUAAAAUGGUAAGAGGAGAAGUGGAGAAGAAAAAAGUAAAGGUGAAUGAGGAGAAAAUAAAGCAGAAGAAUGUGAGGUGGCAGAGGAAUCCCAUCAAACAGUUGAAUCCCAACCAUGAUCAGUGGAGUAUUCCAAGGUAUCUGACAGUACAAGCAAAGCUAAAGGAUAUUUGUAGAUUUUAUGGAAAUCUCCAAUUAUGCAGCAGAAAUGGUCUUCUAAAAAUAAUUCUCUGUAAAAGAGACUGAUUAGUGUGGCAAUAAAGAGGAAAUAUGGAGUGAGGUCUUUGAAAGGCAAUUUUCACAUAAUAGGAGGAAUAGCUCUCCAAUAAGGUUCAGUAAACAAAGACAUUGGUAAAAUUAUGUGUAUAUUUACACUGUAUAGAUGACUAUGGUUAACUCUUUUUAUUAAAACAGUUUAAUAAAUAAACAAAUAAAUAACUACAUAACACGAAUCUUUUAAAUCACAUAAAAUUAGAAAUAAAUUUGGUUGAUA